AGGGCGUAACUUGCAUCCUUCAGGUCUGCUUUGAAAGAUGGACAUUGAAUAGUUUUUCCUAUAAAAAUUCAUGUGUUCCAAACAUGAUAGUAAAAAUAUUUACUAGAACGUUGAAUAUUCAAACAAGACCAAGAUAGUGAGAAGAAAAGGAGAAUUACUACUGUGAAUGCAUUCUUGGGCAUCUUGAGAUGUGGGGAAUAAGUACCUCAUCAAUACCAUUCCCUGCCCCCAAAAAAAACAAAAAGAGAAAAAAGAAAAGAAAAGAAAACCAAUAGAAUUGUUCCCUUUUGCUCUGAUGCUAUGUAGUCAUGUCCCUCCUCAGGGCCAAACAUUUCCACUUUGUUCUGCCCCCUCUCUCUCAUUGGUGACCUCUUUCACUCUCCCUCCAGCCCUCCACACUUGCACCAGCACUAGAGUACUAGACACUCUCAUCUCACACUAUAUUCUCUCUUCUCCUCACUUCUUCCAUUUCAUCUCUCUCAGACUUUCCCUUUCUCUCUCUCUCUCUCUCUCUCUCUCUAUCUCUAUCUCUCUGUGUCUGUCUCCAGCCAUGGCAGUAGCUGAAGAAGGUCCAGAGCCACUCAAGUAUCAGACUUUGGCUCUGAAGGUUAGCAUCCACUGUGAGGGCUGCAAGAAGAAGGUCAAGAAGGUGCUACAUAGCAUAGAAGGUGUGUACAAGACGGACAUAGACGUUCAGCACCAGAAGGUGGUGGUCAUCGGCAAUGUCUCCGUCGACACGCUCGUCAAGAAGCUCGUCAAGACAGGUAAGCACGCCGAGCCAUGGCCGGAGCCCGCUCCUCCGUCGGCGGCGGCAGCCAACUCUCCCGGCGGUGGAGGAGGCGGCGGCGGGAAGAAGAAGAAAAAGAAUAAGAACAAGAACAAGAAUCCUCCGAACGGUCAGCCCGCCGAGCCGGCGCCGCCUGCUGCGACGGCGGAGGCCGGCGGCGGUGGCGGCAUCCCUCCGGAGAGUCACGACCACGGUGGCUCGUGCGAUGAGGCGUCCGACGACGAGGGCAACAAGCAGGAGGGCGGCGGCGGCGGCGGCGGUGGAUCGCCGAGCAAGAUGGGGGCCGGAGAUGGGCAAGCCGGCAGCGCCGGUGGUGCGGUGGCGCCGUUUGCCAUGACGCCGCACGGUAAGCAGCCCAUCGCACCUCCCGCCAAUGGCAAUGGCGGCGGCGGCGGCAAGAAGAAAGGAAAGAAAGGCGGAGGCGGCAGCGGCAACGGCAACGGCAAUGCCAAUGCCACCGGAGACGGCGGCGCCGGCGCAGCAGUGGAGGUAAGCCCGCACGACGCGCCGACGAAACCAGCACCCGGCAGCAGCAACGGCGUCGUAGACGCCGCCGCCGUCUACCCGCCGGCGAUAACGCCGAUGGGCUACCCGGGGUCGUACUACGCCGCCGCCGGCGGCGGGCACGUGCCGCCGCCGUACGUCAUGAGCUACAGCACGGCGCACCCGCUCCGGAGCAGCGCCUACUACCACCCGAUGGUCGGCGCGGCGUACGGCGGCGGCGGCUACCUCUACUCGACGGCGGCGCCGUCGCCGGCGUCGUCGUACUACAUGUUCAGCGAGGAGAACGCCAACGCAUGCAGCGUCAUGUGAUGUGAGGGGAUUAAUCAUUUCAUUAAUUAAGAAAUGUCAUGCUUAAUUGUGUUAAUUAAUUAAGCAUAUCAUUUGCUAGAAAUAUCAUCCUCUUUGUAAGCUGCAUCUUACUUUUUUUUUGUGUGUUGGACAAAAGAUAUAUUAAUUUAGAUGUCAUGAUGUACAAUUUAUAUUUUUGUAGUGAUAAUGUAGCUGAAAAUAAGUGAAUGGUCCUAAUAAGUGGCACUAAAGAGUGUCAACGUUUCAUUGCUACAUCAAAUUUUGGUACA